AUGAUGCGGUUGCCGACUACAAAUAGGACGACAAUAUCCAACUUGUGGACAAGACUUCAGAUCAAGACAACAAAAACAUUUACAAAGACAAGAACAUACACUCAAGUCAAUACUCUUUCCAAACAAACCAUCAAAAUGACCGGCACCGAGCAGCAGAAGGAGGGCGAGAAGCAGUUCUCCAUCCAGCCCAUCAAGGACGAGGUCAAGGACAAGGUGUCUGCCUUUAACGCGCACCCCGGACCCGCCGUUCCCAAGGAGAUGCCCCAAGAAGAGGGAACCAAGGAGGAGCGCAAGGCCAAGAUGGAGGCUCUGAACAAGAAAUAA